CGUUGACCUUCAGCUAGCUGUAGCCUGUAAGGUUAGUCUAGUGUCAACGGUAUUCAACGUCAACCUUAAAAGUUGAGGCUCCUACCAUCUUCAACUUCACGACAGUAACACAUGACCGGUAAAUUCUACCUGAGGUUGACCAAGGAAAAUUACCUACCAUAUACUUAGUACACAUGGUAGUAAAGCAAAAGCGCAGGACAGCCUUUUUCUUAUUUUUUUUCUUUUUCCUUUAGCUUAACAACGUAAAUAAUGCCACCCAUUCUGCUACUGACAUACCUGUAAACCUUUCAACCCUCAAACUGCGCAGUGGACAAAAAACGUUGCCAUUUUUUAUUCCAUCAACACCAACAAUAACAGCUAUUACGACUUUCUCGCAGACGCAGAGGGAAUACAUUGAAUCUUGCUCGUCUCACACCGUCACACACCGCACAUUACUGCCUUCUUUAUCGCACUCAACACAACUCUAGCAAAGAUGAAGUUCUUCAUCGAUGACCUGCCUGUCCUCUUUCCCUAUCCACGCAUAUAUCCUGAGCAGUAUGCCUACAUGUGUGAUCUCAAAAGGAGCCUCGAUGCCGGUGGCCACUGUGUCCUAGAGAUGCCUUCAGGUACAGGCAAGACCGUCUCGCUACUUUCUCUGAUUGUCGCAUAUCAACAGCAUUAUCCCGAGCACCGCAAACUGAUAUACUGCUCGCGUACCAUGUCAGAGAUUGAGAAGGCUUUAGCAGAAUUAAAAGCUCUGAUGAAAUUCCGGGCUGAUGAACUGGGUCACGUGGAAGAAUUCCGCGGGCUAGGCCUCACGAGUCGCAAGAAUCUUUGUCUUCAUCCCUCCGUGAAGAGAGAGAAGAGUGGUGCCAUUGUAGACGCCAGAUGCCGUAGCCUGACAGCUGGCUUCGUCAAAGAGAAGAAAGACAAGGGUGAGAGCGUCGACACCUGCAUAUACCACGACAACCUAGACCUCCUGGAGCCACAUAAUCUUGUCCCUAAUGGCGUCUGGACUCUUGAUGGUCUCCUAAGAUAUGGUGAAGAGCAUAAGCAGUGCCCUUACUUCACCGCAAGACGCAUGAUGCAAUAUUGCAAUGUCAUCAUAUAUUCUUACCACUACCUGCUAGAUCCCAAGAUCGCAGAGCGCGUCUCCAAAGACCUCUCCAAGGACUGCAUCGUUGUUUUCGAUGAAGCCCAUAAUAUAGACAAUGUCUGUAUCGAGUCCCUGAGCACGGACAUCACAGAAGACUCAUUGCGUAGGGCUACGAGAGGUGCCCAGAAUCUUGAACGUAGAGUGUCCGAGAUGAAAGAAACAGACAGGGAGCAACUAGAGAAUGAAUACCAAAAGCUAGUAGAGGGUCUUCGUGAUGCCGACGAAGGCCGCCAGGAGGAUACGUUUAUGGCGAACCCUGUGCUCCCCGACGACUUGCUCAAGGAGGCGGUUCCCGGUAACAUUCGAAGAGCAGAGCACUUUACCGCUUUCUUAAAACGCUUCAUAGAAUACCUCAAGACACGCAUGAAAGUCCGCCAGGUCAUUUCGGAGACGCCCCCUUCAUUCCUAGCUCAUCUAAGGGAACACACUUUUAUCGAAAAGAAGCCCUUACGAUUCUGUGCUGAAAGGCUAACAUCUCUCGUAAGAACUCUCGAACUCACCAAUAUCGAAGAUUAUCAGCCACUACAAGAAGUAGCUACCUUCGCGACUCUUGUUGCCACCUACGAAAAGGGUUUCUUGCUCAUCCUCGAACCAUUCGAGUCCGACACUGCUGAGGUACCGAACCCAGUCUUACAUUUCACCUGCUUGGAUGCUGCAAUUGCUAUCAAGCCUGUAUUCGACAGAUUCAGCUCCGUCAUCAUCACCUCGGGAACGCUCUCGCCUUUAGAAAUGUACCCGAAAAUGCUGGGCUUCUCUACAGUGGUCCAGGAGUCAUACACCAUGACCCUAGCUCGAAGGUCUUUCCUGCCGAUGAUAGUUACUCGAGGAAGUGAUCAGGCUGCAAUCUCCACCAGCUUCACGGUCAGAAAUGAACCAAGCGUGGUACGGAACUACGGCAAUCUCUUAACCGAAUUUGCAAGAAUCACGCCCGAUGGCCUCGUCGUGUUCUUCCCCUCCUAUUUGUACAUGGAGUCUAUCAUUAGCAUGUGGCAAGGCAUGCGCAUAAUGGACGAGGUCUGGAAGUACAAGCUGGUAUUGGUGGAGACGCCGGACGCACAAGAGACCUCACUAGCUCUCGAGGCGUACCGCACUGCCUGCUGCAACGGGAGAGGCGCAGUGCUCCUCUGCGUCGCCCGCGGAAAAGUCUCGGAAGGCAUUGAUUUCGACCACCAAUACGGGCGAACCGUGCUGUGCAUCGGCGUCCCGUUCCAAUACACAGAAUCGCGCAUCCUCAAGGCGCGGCUGGAGUUCCUCCGGGAAACCUACCGCAUCCGCGAGAACGACUUCCUCUCCUUCGACGCGAUGCGGCACGCCGCGCAAUGCCUCGGCCGCGUGCUGCGCGGCAAGGACGACUACGGCAUCAUGGUGCUCGCGGACCGGCGCUUCCAGAAGAAGCGCCUCCAGCUGCCCAAGUGGAUCAACCAGGCCAUGCAGGACGUCGACGGCAACCUCAGCACCGACAUGGCCAUCAUCACCGCCCGCCGCUUCCUGCGCGACAUGGCCCGCCCCUUCAAGUCCAAGGACCAGGAAGGGAUCAGCAUGUGGAGCCUCGAAGACCUGAAAGCGCACCAGAAGAAGAUGGACGAGGACCGCAUCCAGGAGCUCCAGGACGGCAAUGCUGCUGCCCUCGAGGCGUUCCAGAAGGCCCAGGCCCAGGCGAGGCAGGCGUACGAUGAGGAUUAUGAUAUGGAUGAUGAGGACCUCGAUCGCGAGAUGAUGCAGCUUGACUAGACUAAAGAAUUAAGUUUUGGGGGAUGACCCUGUUGUUAUGUUGUGGUGGAUAGUCACCAAAUCCACACAAAAGUUGGGGAUCUCUUGUAUAAUAACAAAUAGUCACUAGGGUACCCAGACUGACUGACUGGUUUGAGAAUUACAUACAUCGGCGUUGGAGAGGGACAGAGGGAGACAAAAAAGAAAAAAAUGCAGAACGAUAAAAACGCACAGGGAUGUGCCUAACCUAGGUUUAAUACAAUAAUUUGGUCAAAAGGG